UGCGCAUGUGCGGGGUGUCGACCGCGUUAAAUGGCCUCAAAAAUAACUUCCAGACUCUUCGGACUGACUCGCCGGGUCGUUUCCUGCCAUUCCGCCUCCUGCAGCAGCAGCAGCAGCAGCGGACGGUUUCAGGUCCAACAUGACCGCCAGAACCGGCGCUUCACGGUCACUGCGGGCAGCAGCGGCGAAGGGGACAGUGAAUGCGCCGUGCUGCACUACAGGUUCACCGGGCAGAAGGAGGUGGACCUGAUCUCCACGUUCGUCCCUGAAAUGUUUCGAGGCCAAGGCAUUGCUGCUGCCCUGUCCCAGGCAGCCCUGGACUUCCUGGUGGAGGAGAAGCUAAAGGCUCGAGUCUCCUGCUGGUACAUAAAGAAAUACCUUGAUGAGCAGCCGCAGCAGCAGUAUAAAGACUUCAUUAUCUCCUGACUGCAGCCGAUGACUCCAGCAGUCUCUUCAUAACCGACAUCAGAAUCGACUCUACAGGACCAGUGAUGUGUUGCGUAGAAAAUCUCUGCAAAUUUUUAUAAUUUAUUUUUUAUAAUUUCAAAUAUUUGUACAAUUUAUUCUUACUUGUAAGAUUUAAAUUAAUUAAAAACAUAAAAUCAAA